AUGGACUUGCACGCUGAAGAUGCUGGAGAUGACAGCGAUGACGAGGAUGGCGAUCCGAGCGGGCAGUUUGAGAAUGUGUCCCUCGACGCGCCGACCCCCACCUCGCCUCCAGUGCAGACCGCGACGCUCAAAGACGUUGUGGAUGGCAAGCCCAGCCUUCCCUCCGCCGUCUCGAUCGCAACAAACGGAGGCCACGCCGGGUCUCAACGUGGCUCCAUAGCUGGCUCGCACCGCGGCUCGAUCAGCGGCUCUCAUCGCGGCUCAGCUGAUGUUUCCUCAGCAGCGAGCGGCUCAUCCACACCGCGGCGACACGCGCCACCGGCGCACCCACAUCCCUUCCCCAUCCCGACGUCGCCGCGCUCCGGCCCCGUCCCGCAGGUUACUGACUUGCCGGGAAAGAAGGGUAACACACCCCCAGCGGCGCUUGGUGUCAAGGGUGUGAGCACGAUGGAUAAAGUGCUCUCGCGCACACGUAUGCAGCACCUCCCGCCCAAACCCAAGGCCGAGGAUGAGACUCAUCUGCACGAGUGGGAGCAGAUGAUGACCAAAGCGCGCGAGCACGAGGCCGAGCGCCGCAAACUGCAGGAGGCGCGACGGGCCGAACGGGAGCGCCAUCUCCUGGCCGUAACCCCGCGAUGGGAAGCGCUGCUCGCUCGUGAUUUCUCUGUGCAGAAGGUUCGCGAGAACGAGUCACUGCGCCAGCUUUGGUUCCAAGGCGUACCAACACAUCUGCGCGGCAAAGCAUGGAGCCUCGCGAUUGGUAACCCGCUCGCAAUGCACAAAGCAGACGCGUACCACGGGUAUCUGCGGCGGGCGGAAAGAGCUCUCGCAAACGGACGGUUUCCCCCCGACAUCCUGGAGCAGAUUGAGGCAGACUUGGACGACACCCUACCCAUACUGCACGUCUUUCAGCGCGGCUCGCCAGUGCGUGACGAGCUCAAGGACCUUGUAUGUGCGUGGGUAGUGUACCGCUCCGACUCGGGCCGGGGCUACGCACCAUACAUUACUCUCCUGGCGGCAAUGUUCGCACUCGUCUCUCCGCCCGCACAGGCGUUCCUUUCGUUGUGCAACUUCCUCUCCCGACCGUGCCUGCACGCGUUCUACACCGACACAGCCGACGAGAUCGACGCUUUCUACCGUGUCUUCGAGAACCUUCAAGCCGACAAGUUUCCCCGCAUCUACGCCAACUGCAAGAACCUCGGCCUCCGGCUGCCGGAGAGCUACUUCCGCUCCGUCCUUGUGGAGCAGGUGCCCUUCGAGGCUGCGUGCCGCCUUUGGGAUCAGAUCGUGCUCGAGGGCGACGGGUACAUCUUCCGCGCGGCGCUCGCCAUCUUCGGCUUCCUCGAGCCACGGCUGUACUAUCCCGACAAGGACGAGAUUGCGUCUGUGCUCGAGGGACGAAACGCCGCGACGGCGGCUAUUGCCGAGCGUGAGCGCGAGCGAGCACGCCUCCGUGGUGAGCGCUAUGAGGAAUCACUGGACGGCAAGCUUAGCGUGUUUGGGCUGCACGAGCACGAGUUGUUUGACUGGCUGGCGCAGGACGGGUGGAAGGACAGCCGGUUCGAGCGGCUGGUCGUGCGUGAGCUGCCGGACUAGGCCGGAGGGAGUGAGCUUGGCCGAAGGGAGGGAGAUUAGCUGGAGCGGGCUGCCCAGCUGCCGUGUUAUGCGGAACACGCCACGAGCUGGU